UCUCAGCCCUGGAGGUCGGUUCCCCGGAUCCCGAGGCGCGGGUGCCGCCGUGCCGCUGGGUACCCGCAGCUCGCCCACGCGCGGCGAGAGCUUCCCGAUAUCAUAUAAGCUGCUUUCAUCAUGGGAGAAAUAGAACAGAAGCCCACCCCCGCAUCACGUCUGGGGGCCCCGGAGAAUUCGGGGAUCAGCACCUUGGAACGAGGACAGAAACCGCCGCCCACACCUUCAGGAAAACUCAUGACCGUCAAAAUCCAGAUGCUGGAUGACACCCAGGAGACCUUUGAAGUUCCACAACGAGCUCCCGGGAAGGUGCUGCUGGACGCCGUGUGCAACCACCUCAAUCUCGUGGAGGGCGACUACUUCGGCCUGGAGUUCCCUGACCACAAAAAGAUCAUGGUGUGGCUGGACCUCCUGAAGCCCAUUGCGAAACAGAUCCGAAGGCCAAAGCAUGUUGUUCUUAAGUUUGUGGUGAAAUUCUUCCCACCUGACCACACGCAACUCCAAGAGGAACUCACAAGGUACCUGUUCGCUCUGCAGGUGAAGCAGGACUUGGCUCAGGGCAGGCUGACGUGUAAUGACACCAGCGCUGCCCUCCUGAUCUCACACAUCGUACAGUCCGAGAUUGGGGAUUUUGAUGAAGCCUUGGACAGAGAACACUUAGCAAAAAAUAAGUAUGUACCUCAGCAGGAUGCGCUGGAAGACAAGAUCGUGGAGUUCCACCACAGCCACAUUGGACAAACCCCGGCAGAGUCAGAUUUCCAGCUCCUGGAGGUGGCCCGGCGGCUGGAGAUGUACGGAAUCCGGUUGCACCCUGCCAAGGACAGGGAAGGCACCAAGAUCAACCUGGCUGUCGCCAACACAGGAAUUCUAGUGUUUCAGGGUUUCACGAAAAUCAAUGCUUUUAACUGGGCCAAGGUGCGGAAACUGAGCUUCAAGAGGAAGCGCUUUCUUAUCAAGCUCCGACCGGAUGUGAACAGCUCAUACCAAGACACCCUGGAAUUCCUGAUGGCCGGCCGAGACUUCUGCAAGGCCUUCUGGAAAAUCUGUGUAGAGCAUCACGCCUUUUUUAGACUCUUUGAAGAACCCAAGCCAAAACCAAAGCCAGUUCUCUUCAGCAGAGGCUCGUCAUUCCGGUUCAGUGGUCGGACUCAGAAGCAAGUUCUCGACUAUGUUAAAGAAGGGGCCCACAAGAAGGUGCAGUUUGAAAGGAAACACAGCAAGAUCCAUUCCACCAGGAGCUUUUCUUCACAGCCCACAGCAUCGAACUCAGAAGUGCCAAAACAGUCUCCACAGAACGCCAGCCUUACAUUUGGAGAAGGGUCUGAGUCUCCCGGCGGCCAGAGCUGUCAGCAAGCCAAGGAAGCGAAAGUCUCUACCUUGGAGUCAGGACCACACCAAAGCCCCGCUCCUGCGUCCAAGAGUUCUCCCGGGAGCAGAGCUGCAGACGGACCCGCCGUGGUGCCGCCCGAAGAAGAGGAAGAGGAGGAGGGUGGCAAGGAGGGCGCCCAGCCAAGUCAACGUCAGCCCCCACAACCAAGCACAGGCUCCCUGACUGGCAGUCCUCACCUUUCAGAACUGUCCAUCAACUCACAGGGAGGAGUUGCCCCGACCAACGCGACCUUGUCUCCCAACCUGAGUCCCGACACCAAGCAGGCCUCCCCCUUGGUCAGCCCGCUCCUGAACGACCAAGUGUGCCCGAGGACCGAUGACGAGGAAGAGGGCCGGCGAAAGAGAUUCCCGACCGACAAGGCCUACUUCAUUGCUAAGGAAGUGUCCACCACUGAGCGAACGUACCUGAAGGACCUCGAGGUCAUCGCUUCGUGGUUUCAGAGCACGGUCAGCAAAGACGAUUCCAUGCCUGAAGCCUUGAAAAGUCUCAUUUUCCCGAAUUUUGAACCUUUGCACAAGUUUCACACCAAUUUUCUCAAGGAAAUCGAGCAGCGACUUGCCCUGUGGGAAGGCCGCUCAAAUGCCCACAUCAGAGGAGAUUACCAAAGAAUCGGGGAUGUCAUGCUUAAGAACAUCCAGGGCAUGAAGCACCUGGCAGCCCACCUGUGGAAGCACAGCGAAGCCUUGGAGGCGCUGGAGACGUCCAUCAAGGGCUCCCGGCGGCUGGAGCAUUUCUGCCGAGACUUUGAGCUGCAGAAGGUGUGUUACCUGCCACUCAACACCUUCCUCCUGCGCCCGCUGCAUCGGCUCAUGCACUACAAGCAGGUCCUGGAGCGGCUCUGCAAGCACCACCCUCCAAGCCACGCUGACUUUAGGGACUGCCGAGCUGCACUGGCAGAGAUCACAGAGAUGGUGGCACAACUGCACGGGACAAUGAUCAAGAUGGAGAACUUCCAGAAGCUGCACGAGCUCAAGAAAGAUUUGAUUGGCAUCGACAAUCUUGUGAUCCCAGGAAGGGAGUUCAUCCGCCUGGGCAGCCUCAGCAAGCUCUCCGGGAAGGGGCUCCAGCAGCGAAUGUUCUUUCUGUUCAACGAUGUCCUGCUGUACACCAGCCGGGGGCUAACGGCAUCCAAUCAGUUUAAAGUCCACGGACAGCUCCCGCUGUACGGGAUGACGGUCGAGGAGAGCGAAGAGGAGUGGGGUGUGCCCCACUGCCUGACCCUCCGCGGCCAGCGGCAGUCCAUCAUCGUGGCCGCCAGUUCCCGGUCGGAGAUGGAAAAGUGGACGGAGGACAUCCAGAUGGCCAUUGCCCUGGCAGAGAAAAGCAAUGGGCCCACCCCUGAGCUCCUGGCUAGCAGUCCCCCUGACAACAAGUCCCCAGAUGAGGCCACAGCGGCUGACCAGGAGUCCGAGGAUGAUCUGAGCGCCUCACGGACCUCGCUGGAGCGCCAGGCCCCUCACCGUGGCAACACGAUGGUGCACGUGUGCUGGCACCGCAACACCAGCGUCUCCAUGGUGGACUUCAGCAUCGCGGUAGAGAACCAGCUGUCUGGGAACUUGCUGAGGAAGUUCAAGAACAGCAACGGAUGGCAGAAGCUGUGGGUCGUGUUCACCAACUUCUGCCUGUUCUUCUACAAAUCACACCAAGACAAUCACCCCCUCGCCAGCCUGCCUCUGCUGGGCUACUCACUCACCAUCCCCUCGGAAUCCGAGAACAUUCACAAGGACUAUGUGUUUAAGCUGCACUUCAAGUCCCACGUGUACUACUUCAGGGCUGAAAGCGAAUACACGUUCGAGAGGUGGAUGGAAGUCAUACGAAGUGCUACCAGCUCAGCCUCCCGGGCCCACAUCCUGAGUCACAAAGAAUCUCACCUGUACUGAUGGCUGGACACACUGGCUGUUCCAGCCACGGCUGCUCUCUUGGGAGAUAUAAGGAAGCCUAGCAAAAUCCACACCGGUCUGAACACACUGAAGAUGCACAGUGGCUCCCGCCCACCUCCCUCCACAGGCCCUCUCUCCAAACCUUGUCUUCUCCAGUACUAAUCUCUCCAGAAGUCUUUCCCCUCCGGGCCUAGGGAUGGGAGGGCUUGUCUUGCCAUUCUCGUGGGACGCUUUAGCUUGUGUCAGUAUUGAGACAUUGUCAUCAAGAGUGCCAAAUGCCUGUCUCUGCCCUGCAGGUGCACCCCAGGGCAGGACCCACGCAUCAGUUCACCUGAGACACAAGUGCGCUUUUCCUAGGGAAGGGUUGCGUUGUCUUUCACCUGCGGACUGCUAUUUUCCAGAAUGGACUUUUCCAGGGUCUACAACACAUGGCGCAGUCUUAAGCAAAUGAGAUCAUUUUCGGAUUUCAUUUCUUUUCCAGUCUUUCUACUUUUAUAAUAAUAGGACACUGG